AUGCCGGGCCCGCAGGCCGGGAGCAGAGCCCGGGUGUAUGCCGAUGUCAACAGCCAGAGGAGCCGUGACUACUGGGACUACGAGGCGCACCAGCCCGCCUGGGGGAAUCAGGAAGAUUAUCAGCUGGUGAGGAAGUUGGGCCGUGGGAAGUACAGCGAGGUGUUUGAGGCGAUCAACAUCACCAACAAUGAGCGUGUGGUGGUGAAGAUACUGAAGCCGGUGAAGAAGAAGAAAAUAAAGCGAGAAGUGAAGAUUUUGGAGAAUUUGAGAGGAGGAACCAACAUUAUCCGUCUGCUGGACACCAUAAAGGACCCCGUGUCCAAGACUCCGGCCCUGGUGUUCGAGUACAUCAAUAACACAGACUUUAAGCAAUUAUAUCAGAUCCUGACAGAUUAUGACAUUCGAUAUUACAUGUACGAGCUACUAAAGGCUCUGGAUUACUGUCACAGCCAGGGGGUGAUGCACAGAGACGUCAAACCGCAUAACGUCAUGAUUGAUCACCAGCAGAAGAAGUUGCGACUGAUAGAUUGGGGAUUGGCAGAGUUUUAUCACCCAGCACAGGAGUACAAUGUGCGUGUUGCCUCCCGAUAUUUCAAGGGGCCGGAGUUGUUGGUGGAUUACCAGAUGUAUGAUUACAGUCUGGACAUGUGGAGUCUCGGCUGCAUGUUAGCCAGCAUGAUCUUCCGCAAGGAGCCAUUUUUCCACGGUCAGGACAACUACGACCAGCUGGUCCGUAUUGCCAAGGUCCUGGGUACAGAUGAUCUGUACAAUUACCUAAAGAAGUACCAUAUAGAGUUGGAUCCCCACUUUAAUGAUAUUCUGGGACAACACUCGCGGAAACGUUGGGAGAACUUCCUGCACAGCGAGAACCGGCAUCUGGUGAGCGCAGAGGCUCUAGACAUUUUGGAUAAAUUACUGCGCUACGACCAUCAGCAGAGACUGACCGCCAGAGAAGCCAUGGAGCACCCCUAUUUCUAUCCAGUAGUAAAGGAGCAGCAGGCUCAAACAGACCCAAAUCUGCUCCCUGGCAACAUGUCAACAGCUCGAUGA